AUGGCGCGCACGGCCCCUGUGGAGCCCCCGCUGCGGCCUCCUGCGCCCCCCUCGCCGGCCGCGGGUGAGCCCCGCACCUCUGUCGAGGCAGCGGCGGCCCCGCGGAGGGUGCUCUUUGCCGACGAGGCCCUGGGGCUGCCGCUGGCGCAGCUGCGCUGCUACCGGCCGUGGGGCGGGCCCGGGGCGGGCAAGAUGGCGGAGGUGGCCGGGCAAGAUGGCGACGGCGGCGGGGCCGACGAGGACGACGAUGGCGAGGAUGGGGAUGAAGGGGAGGAGGAGGAGGAAGAGGAGGCUUGCCCGGAGCCCUCGCCACUGUGCCCCGUCCCCGCCGGCGGGGGGUUUUACGUGGUGCCCACAUUUUCGCUGCCGCCUGCGCCGGGCCGUCUGGAGCGCUUGGGGCGCGUCAUGGUGGAGCUGGAGGCGCUGCUGCCGCCUCCCGGAGCGGUCCCCGGGGUUUCCGGGGUGUGGGUGCCUGGGGGGCGCCCGCCGGUGCUGCGCGGGUUGGUGCGCGUGCUGAACCGCUCCUUCGAGAAGGCGGUGCACGUGCGGGCCUCACACGACGGCUGGGCUUCCUUCUGCGACCACCCAGCGCGCUACGUCCCGCGCAGCCCGCCGGUGGCAGGAACGGGAGGACCAGGAGCCGGAGACCCCCUCCUGGAUCCAGGCCUUGGCCUGGUGUCCGGCCAGGUGUACGCCUCCUCGCCCGACGACGGUGGCCGCACUGACCGCUUUGCCUUCCAGCUGCCCUUUGCGGAGGGCGCGGGCGAUGGGGCGCGCCUGGACUUCGUGGUGCGCUAUGAGACCCCCGAGGGCAUUUUCUGGGCCAACAACCACGGCCGCAACUACACGGUUCUGCUCCGGAUCUCACCCGCUCCCUCACCCACUGACGCUGAAGGGCUGCCCCAGCAGCAGCAGCUGCCGCAGCUGGAGCCACAGCCCGAGUGCCAGGGUACCGUGGAGGCUGAGGCCAGGCAGCUGAAGAGCUGCAUGAAGCCGGUGAGGCGCAGGCCUAACGAGGAAGAGCUGAGGAUGAAGAGCUCGGAUGAUAAUACCCCUGCUGUGGCAGAUCAUCUUGAUGUCCAGGAGUCAGUGGGUCCCCUGGUGGCUCCCACUCCUCUCCGUCCAUGGCCACAGAUGACACAUCAGGUUUCUGAAGUUACAGUGACUGGCAGACUCACAGAGGAAGGUGACAUCCCCAGCAACAGUGCAUCUGUGGCUUUCACAGAGGUCCACCAGACACCAGCCAUCAGGAUCCCCCCCUCCUCCUUUCUCUGUGGCCUGGGUGGCUCGCCCAGGGACCAGGCCUCAGGGCCUGAUGCAAGUGAUGGGGCAGCUGGGCCUCUCCUGGAACAGGCGGCGUGGGAAGUAUCCAGCGAGAAUGGAGGGGGCCGAAAGGAGCCCGUGGUAGGGGCUAUUAUGGACGAGCCCCCCAGGGGUUUGGAGGCCAUGAGUGGGUUGGAGGAGCUGCUCAGCGAGGACUCCAUUGACCAGGAGCUGGAGCAGCUCUACCUGUCCCACCUGAGCCGCCUUCGGGCUGCUGUGGCUGCAGGUGGGGCGGGAAAUGGCGGGGAGGGCUCCACAGAUGGGGGGGUGUCUCCUAGCCAUCCCCUGGGCAUAUUCACGGACCGCGACCUGAUCUUGAAGUGGCCUGGCCCUGAGCGGGCCCUGAACAGUGCCCUGGCGGAAGAGAUCACACUGCACUAUGCCCGGCUGGGGCGUGGUGUGGAGCUUAUCAAGGACACUGAGGACCCUGAUGAGGAGGGGGAGGGCGAAGAUGGGCUCUCCACGAUACCUUCCAGUCCAGAAGGGGGCACCCCCAAGGAAUCGCCUCCAGAAAUCCUCUCUGGGGCCCGUUCUAUGGUAGCCACUAUGGGAGAUGUGUGGCUCCCAUGGGCAGGGGGCUUGGCAUGUGACAGCCCUGUGGUUCUGGGUCCAGAGGGGCAGUUCAAUGGGGCGCCAGAGAAGGGGGUGCGCAAGGACACUGACUCUUUGCACAUGAAUAGGGUGAUAUCUGGGGUGCCUGGGUUCCCAGGAGGGACAGAAGCCCGGAUGGAGUCCACUGAAUGGGCAGACAGCUUGGUUUCUGUGUCUGGCAAGGAGCCAGCUGUUUCAGGCCCACAGGGUCAAAAUCUCACCCUCCUUGGCAUUUCAGGGGCUGAAAUCUGUCCUUCCAGCCUGGCCAGGUGCCAUGUGAGUUUCCAGGAUGAAGAGGGUUCAGGCCUAAACCUUGAGUCCCCAAAGAGGUCUCCCACCUUAGCAGCCCCUGCAGAAUGUGUGUGUGUUUUGUCUCCCCAGCUCUGGGGGCCCUUGACCCAGACUCUGGGGGUCCUGGCUGGCCUGGUAGUGGUCCCUGUGGCUCUGAACAGUGGUAUGUCCCUCCUGGUGCUUGCGCUGUGCCUCUCUCUGGUCUGGUUCUCGUAGGAGCUGCUUGUGGGACCAGCAAUAACAAGUGUCCCCUUCUCUGGGGUCUGGGGAGGGGCAGCCCCUACACCAUCCCCAGAGGGUUCAGAUGGGAUGUGUGGCCUGUACAGUGAGUGGAUCCUUUACUUCUGAGAAUGCUUGACUGCAGAGAGGCCUCCCGUCCCUGAGCUCUCCAGUCAGCACAGGGCUCCUGUGGUGAUACCAGUGGAGAGGAACGGGACGGGUGGAUAGCGGAAAUGAGAACUUGCAGAAUGGCAGUGGGCAUGUCCUCCUUUCCCCCUCCCACCCCCCUGAGCCUGUAUUUAUUUUUGUAUAAUUCUCUGGAUGAGGGAGAGUGGUCGUGAGCUGGUCUUGGGGCACAAUUACCCAGAGAUAUAUUUAUUAACAGCCAACCUGUGCAACCUGCUGGAGCUUUAUUUUUAAUUUAAUUUAUAUAGAGUACCUAUUAUUAUAUGCCACAAUAGAGCUCUAUGA